AUGGCUGAUCCCAGGCAUGCUGCGAGGACCCUCCCCAAGGUGCUGGCCUUGCAAGCGGCGCACAGAGGAGAUCAGCCCUUUCUGCUGCUGCCCCGACCUCAAAACAAUGAGAUUCCGAAGGAUCAGAUAGCGGACGGUGCGCUCAAGUACGACAAAGUAACUUUCAGCCAGUUUCAGCAGCUGACUUUCCAGGCUCGGGCCCAACUUGUUGAAGUGACGACACCUUUGGGCGGCACAUGCCGCAUCAGGAAGGGCAACCGCACGGCCAUCUUGGCGAGCAACUCCCCCGAGUAUGUUGUGGCCACGUUUGCGGUGUGGCUGCAGGGGGCGAUGGCCGUCAACCUCUCGACGCGCGUCGGAGAUGAGGCGCUGCAGCAUUUGGUGUCCCAGGCCGCCCCUUCGGUGCUGCUGGUCUCGCAGGAGUGCGAGGCUGCGGCAAAGCGGGUGGUGAAAACGCUCAAUGUCCAAGACCGCCCGUUGCUCCUGCGGCUGAACACGGGGGCGCUGGCAGGAGCGGUUGCCUCUGGCGCGAACGUCCUGCCUCCGAUGUUCAGAACAGUAGUGGAUGGCAAGAUGAACGGCCACUCAACGCAAAGCAACGGUGCGAAGGAGGGCCACGUGGCCACCGCAAAAGUGGACGAUCGAGACUAUUCAGAGGCCUUUGCUCCGGCGGUCAUUCUGCACACAGGAGGCACCACCGGGCUGCCCAAGCAGGUCGUCCAUAACCACCACAGCCUGGUCGAGGUGAUACGCAGGAUGCACGAUCUGGACCCCCCGUACGCUCCCCCGGGCACUUUGCCCAUCCAGCUGGGCUGGAUGCCCCUCUUCCACGCGCUCGGGUUCAUUGCCGAAGUCGGCCUGCCCCUCUAUUCGGGCUCGCCCUACUACUCGGCCAAAUUCGCGGCCGCGCCUUCCGCCGAGGGCCUCCUCCAGGCGAUCGAGGACAGCGGGUCGCACCUCAUGUUCGUGGUUCCAAUGAUCGCCGAGCAGUGGUGCCACAUGAUUAGGCGGGAGGAGGAAGAGCACGGGGAGUCCAAGACGCUGUUAACUCUCUUGACACUGCACGCGCUUAUCUACUCGGGGGCCCCCCUCGCUGAGUGGGCCGGGUCAUUCCUGGUGUCAAAGGGCGUCCGCCUGACCACUGUUUUUGGGAGCACGGAGACUGGCUCUGUGGCGUUUGGCUUCCCCGGGGGGGGCCCUUCGUGGAGUGCCUUCAGAUUGCCGGGACCCCGGUGGGCAGAUCACAUUCGGUUUGUGGAGAGCCCCGUGCCUGGCCACGUCAUCCUCGGCGGGAUGGCAACACUUCCGGGAAUGGCGCAGGGGUACUUACAGUCGGUGGAUCGGCAAACCGGGCAGAUGACAGUAGGAACGGGGGACAAGACGUCCACUCAUGCGCUCAGAAACUUGUGCCUUCCUUUGCUCUUGAUCCGCCCUCUCGCCCCGUCCCCCGACGUGCCCUACCAAACGGGCGACCUCUUCACGGUCUACCCCCCUUCCUCGGACGGCCGCACUUGGAUCAAGUCCGUGAUUCGUGCGGACAACUUGCUGGUUCACACGACCGGGGAGAAAACCAACCCGACAGCCUUCGAGGGGGCCGUGCAGGAGCUGCCGUUCAUUAAGGAUGUGAUCGCGGUGGGCAGCGGUUACCCGCGGCCGGGGCUGGUGGUCAAACCGUACUGGGCGGCUGUGGAGCAGCUGACGUCAGUGAGUCAAGAAAAGGAGGAGUGGGUGCGAGGCCAGGUGUGGGCGUUGGUCCAGGCGAUCAACAAGAAGAUGCCGUCCAGUUCGUGGGUCGCGCGAGGCGCCAUUUGCGUUCUUCCCCCACACGAUUCCGAAGAGAUCACCAUUCCCCGGACGGUCAAGGGCGAGGUAGCACGUGGCCCAGCGAACGAGCUCUUGAAGAGCCACGUGGCCGCUAUGUUCGCGGGUCUGGAAGCGCCGCCACAAAAAUCUGUCGCUCCGGUGUCGAACGGUGUACAAACGAAGGAAAAGGUUGUGGAUUUUGAAGAAGUUUUGGACACCGUCCGCCGGACAGCCGCCCAGGUCUUGGGGCUAGAUGCCCAAGAACUGGACGCUCAGCCAGGCGGUGAUCCGCCCCGGCUUUUGGAUAUGGGCCUCAGCAGUUUGACAGCAACCGAGCUGGCCCAGGCAAUUGCUGAGUACGUGGGCGUCCCUUUUCCGGCGACCAUGUUGUACGAGGACGUUCCUGAUGUGGUCGCCCUCGCCAAGUGGGCGGCCUCCGCCUUGCAAACUGAGGCGGAGCAUGCGCCACGAUCAAACGGGGCGGUCUCCGGUACCACUUUGAACCACGGCCCCAACGGUGUUGCGCCGGAGGGCAAGGGAAUUGUUCUCCUUCUGACGGGCGCUACUGGAUUCAUUGGCUCGCACGUAUUGAAGAAUCUCCUGAGCCGCCCCGCCGACGAAGUGGCGACCGUGGUGUGCCUGGUCCGCGGGCCGUCGGUCGCCGCCUGCCACGCCCGGCUGCAGCAAGCCCUGCUGCGAACGGGCAAGGGGAGUGAGUCUAGAAACGGGUUCGACAGCGCCCGGGUGGUCGUUCUGCCCGGCGACCUGCAGAAGCCGCUCCUGGGGAUGACUCCCGACCAGUGGCGCUUCUGGGGCGAGCGCGUUCACACCGUGAUCCACUGCGGGGCAGCCGUGCACCUGACCGCCCAGUACGAGAAGCUCGCGGAGGCCAAUGUGAAAAGCGUGCAAGAGGUCGUCCGCUUCGCCCUUCAAGGAUCUGGACCGCCAAAGCCCGUCCACUUCGCAUCCAGCGUGUCGGUGAGUUUCUUGAUGGACCCUGCUCACAAAAACGGUGAAACGGGGGUGAUACCGGAGGCAGUCGACUUUGUUGAGAGGCGCGGAGCUAACCAGAUGGGGUACGCGCUAACCAAGCGGAAAGCGGAGCUGGCUCUUGCGGCCGCGGCGCAGGGCACCAGCGUCCCAGUUUUCAUUUACCGGAUCGGGUUAGUGGUGGGUUCCACCGAAAACGCCGGGCUGGGCGCCGCCGAUAACAUGUUCACGUGGCUGAUUCGGGCCGCGAAAACGUUCAAAAAGUUGGGCUGGGUUCGAUGGUUGGUCGUUCCGGAAGAGCUCCCCGUCUACCACUUGAUUCCGUUCACGCCCCAGAGCUGGGACGACAUCUAUGAGGCGAUGCGCAGCAACGGGCUUCCAUUCGAGACCAUCCCUUCAGUGGCCGAGUGGGCUGCGGACGUCCGCACGGCAUCAAAAACGGACCGCAAGAUCAUCCAGUUCCUGCCGCUCAUUCCCCUGCUGGAGGGUCUCGCUGCAAGGCCGGGUCUCAGCUUCGCAACGGAGCGCACGCGCCGCGCACUGAAGAUGGCGGGGGCCAAAUUGCCCACGCUUGUCAGUGCCGAAGAUCUGAGGCUACUUUUGCAAGCGGUCGUUUGA